ACGCAGCGCCCUCGCUUACACAGUAUGGCCGGCGACAUUAGCUAGCGCUCGCUCAACUCUCUCUAACGGGGAAGCAGCGGACUACAAGAGACUGAACUGUAUCUGCCUCUUUUUUCCAACAGACUCACGUUCAACUUUCGCUCAUAAAAAAAAAAAAAGCCGGGAAAAUUUUAUUAAUCCUUUUUUUAAAAAAAGUUAAUAUAAAAUAUAGCAAAAAAAAAAAAAAAAAGGAACCUGAACUUUACUAACACAGCUGGAACAAUCCGCAGCGGCGGCGGCAGCGGCGGGAGAAGAGAUUUAAUUUAGUUGAUUUUCUGUGGUUGUUGGUUGUUCGCUAGUCUCACGGUGAUGGAAGCUGCACAUUUUUUCGAAGGGACCGAGAAGCUGCUGGAGGUUUGGUUCUCCCGGCAGCAACCCGACGCAAACCAAGGAUCUGGGGAUCUUCGUACUAUCCCGAGAUCUGAGUGGGACAUACUUUUGAAGGAUGUGCAAUGUUCAAUCAUAAGUGUGACAAAAACUGACAAGCAGGAAGCUUAUGUACUCAGUGAGAGUAGCAUGUUUGUCUCCAAGAGACGUUUCAUUUUGAAGACAUGUGGUACCACCCUCUUGCUGAAAGCGCUGGUUCCCCUGCUGAAGCUUGCUAGGGACUACAGUGGGUUUGACUCAAUUCAAAGCUUCUUUUAUUCUCGUAAGAAUUUCAUGAAGCCUUCUCACCAAGGGUACCCACACCGGAAUUUCCAGGAAGAAAUAGAGUUUCUUAAUGCGAUUUUCCCAAAUGGAGCAGCAUAUUGUAUGGGACGUAUGAAUUCUGACUGUUGGUACCUGUAUACUCUGGAUUUUCCAGAGAGUCGGGUAAUCAGCCAGCCAGAUCAAACCCUGGAGAUUCUGAUGAGUGAGCUUGACCCAGCAGUCAUGGACCAGUUCUACAUGAAAGAUGGUGUUACUGCAAAGGAUGUCACUCGUGAGAGUGGAAUUCGUGACCUGAUACCAGGUUCUGUCAUUGAUGCCACACUAUUCAAUCCUUGUGGGUAUUCAAUGAAUGGAAUGAAAUCGGAUGGAACUUAUUGGACUAUUCACAUCACUCCGGAACCAGAAUUUUCUUAUGUUAGCUUUGAAACAAACUUAAGUCAGACCUCCUAUGAUGACCUGAUCAGGAAAGUUGUGGAAGUCUUCAAGCCAGGAAAAUUUGUGACCACCUUGUUUGUUAAUCAGAGUUCUAAAUGUCGCACAGUGCUUUCUUCGCCCCAGAAGAUUGAAGGCUUUAAACGUCUUGAUUGCCAGAGUGCUAUGUUCAACGAUUACAAUUUUGUUUUUACCAGUUUUGCUAAGAAGCAGCAACAACAGCAGAGUUGAUUAAGAAACAUGAAGAAAAAACGCAAAAAGAGAACACACAUAGAAGGUGGUGGCCGCUUUCUAGAUGUUGACACUGGGGGCCAUGCUUUCCGUAACCACCACUUUGUAGUUGCACAGAGCCCUAGAUGUAAUGAUAGUGGAAUCAUUUUGAAUUGUAUGCAUUAUUAUAUCAAGGAGUUAGAUAUCUUGCAUGAAUGCUCUCUUCUGUGUUUAGGUAUUCUAUGCCACUCUUGCUGUGAAAUUGAAGUGCAUGUAGAAAAAAACUUUUACUAUAUGAAACUUUACAACACUUGUGAAAACAAUUCAAUUUGGUUUAUGCGCAGUGUAAUAUUUCUGCAGGUAUCGUCCAAAAUUCCCCACAGACAAGGCUUUCGUCCUCAUUAGGUGUUGGCCUCAGCCUAACCAUCUGGGACUGUUCUAUUGCUGCCAGGAUUUUAUGUCCAGUUACCUCCACUUUCUAGAACAUAUUCUCUACUAAUGUUAUGGAAACCAAUUUCUACUUCAUACAGAUGUUUUUUGCAACAGCAAUUAAAGUUUUUCUUCAUGAGUUGAUUCCUCUUAAAAAAUGAUUGCAGUUACUCAUUUUGUGUGUUUCUAUUUUAACAUUAUUGCUCCUUGCAUUUGUACUUUGAUUUCUUCCCUCACCAUGGUGUCUGCCCCAAACCCCCCAAAUAAAGCAAUACACUGUCACACUGUGGGUUUAUAAGUGACUCUAAUACCCCACAUGGGGAAGCAGGGGGGUGGUCCCUGUGCUUAAUUGUCUUAUAAGAACAUGAGCCAUUUGAAUUGGCAUGAACUCUUUUGGAAGAUAGUGAAAGUAAACUUACCCAGUUUAAUUAGCAAGGAAGACCCAUAGAGAGUUGUAGAGACUAGGGUGUCCUGGCUCACCUGUGUGGAAAACCUGAGCUAUUCUGUGCUCCACAGUAAAUGAAAUUGGCUUUUAUUGAGUGCCAUGCCUUUGACUAUCUUCCUAAGUCAUAGUAUAAAGGGAUUUUUGUCAGUUGAUUAGCAGGGAGAAUUAGCAGAGGUUGUACUGGAUUCAGUAAGUCAGCUUGGAUUAUUGACCUUAAUUUUUAUUACCAUAGUGUAAAGUUUGGUUCAGAGCAGAGUCGGUGUCUUUUCUGUCUUGUGUGACUUUGUAAUGGAUGUGAGUGUUCUGACUUCACAUGUGCCUCUAACUAUGGUGUUCCAUUCACCGUGCCAUUCACUGGAUGAGAUGAAUGACUGCUCAGAAUGAGAAUUGUGCAGGUUGUUUAGAUAUAUGACCAAACAAUAUACAAAUGAACAAAAUAUGAUGUAAAAUUCCCAAAUAGUCAGUAGGAAAUGACUAGAAGUACAGACUUUUAAGAGUUGGCAUCUGUUAGCUAUAUUUGCAAUGACUGUGGGAUCUAAGCAACUGACAGAACAGUAAUAUGGAGUAACAUUUUUAUUUCUUGUCCUCACAACAUUUGUUAAAAUAAUUUCUGGAUUGAUACAGUGAUGUUUUGUUCCUGCCAUAUUUAUAAAUGAAGCACCUUUUUUAAGUGUUUCUAAACAUAAAAUCAUCUUGGUUUGAAAUCAAGUGGUUGGAACACUGUUUUCACUUAGGUUAAGCGUGUGGUUGAUUGAAAGGUUCCUUGGGAGGUGAAACCUUGAUUUUGUAAUGAGCACAGCACCUACUAUUUUGAGUUGCUGUUUUGAGGACCAAUACUGGAAGUAGAUUUUGUUCUUGAACAGUAUCCUAGUAGUUUGAUAAUUGUUGGCUUGAGGUCUGAUUUUUUUUUUUCCCCUAAUAGACUUCUAAUGAUUUCCCUAAUAAUUCUAAUGUGGAAAAUUUGCACAAAUUUGUGUGGAACAAAGCCUACAAAAAUGAAAAGUGUAGAUUGACUAGUAAUCUAAAAUUAGUAUGACAGAGGAGGAAAAGUUUGGUGCCAUAAUUUUUCCCUUCAUUGGUGUUGGACUUAAAUCAGUUGAAAUGUAUUUCUGUACCACAAUUUAAGCUUCAAUAAAAAUUUGCUUGAUGAAUUA